AUGAGGAUCAUUCUACCAGUGCCUUCAGGGUUUUGUGCCACGGCCUGGGAAGUGACAGAUUGUGGCCAGAAACCAAAGAGUCUGCAUCCACAAGAAGAGAACUGGCUGUCAGCUUUAGGUAAUACCCACGUGGAUGAAAUCAGUGGUGCCUCUAAUCCUUGCCAGAGGAUAACCCAUGAAGAUCUUUGCAAUUUGCUGAAGAGACUUCAGAAACUGAUGAAUAGACUUGGAUAUGGAUCAUCUAGAAAGAGACCCAGAGAACAGCCUGCUAUUGCCUCUCUGAUUUCUCAAAGAGGAAUGUUCAAUGUACAAACAAAUUAUGAACAAAACACAGUUCCUGUUUUUAAUACCUAUGAAGAAUACCAUAAGACGGAACUUCAGGAAGAUAUAAUUGGGAUGAGCCUAUUAAAUCUUGUUGAUGAUGAACAAAAGGAUGACAUAUCUGAGAAGAUCAUUCUAAAUCUUCCAUUGGCAAAUAUAGCUGUAGAUUUGAUUCUCAGAGAUGCUAAAAUGGUGACAACUGAUGAUGCUAAUUUUUUGCAGGCACAACCAGUUAACAUUCAAACAAAUGCUGUAGAUGAUGAUUCCGAUGAUGACAGUACUAUACAACACCAUAGGAACAAAAUGCAUACAGAUGCUCAGGCUGAAGUUGUGAAUGUGGAGGAGUGUCCUGAAGCAGGAACAGAACUCUGGACACCCUCUCACUCAAGCAUAACCCCAGACUUAAAUGCAGCCACAAGCAUAAGCGCUGGCAUGAGGACAAGCACAAGUUCUUCAUCUACAGAUAUUUCAUCAACAACACCAGUAUCAUCCCCUACAUCUGGACAGGGGUAUGUGAUAGAUCCAAAAUAUAUGCUAGAGCCCCAAGACAGAGAAUUAGAAGUAGGUCCAGAGUUCCACCUAAAUGACAGCCGAGAUGAACAGGCCUCUCCAGAACAAGGAGAAUGCACUGAAGAGGAUGUGAAGAAACCCUUGGUAGAGGCAAAGAUAUCCAAACCUAAGGAACAUGUAAUUGAUGAAUAUUUUGCAUGUAAUGAUGCUUCUUCAGAUGAUGAAGAUUCUGAAGACAAGAAAGACCCUAAGUUCCAAGAAGUCAUUGUGGGUCAAGAACAAGGACAUCAGAAGGCACCUGAGGCUGCCCCAUCUAUUCCAACCACAGCAUUACAGGUUGUGCACCCAGAAGCUGUGGUAGAACCCACACCAAGGAGAACAUAUCAAUACCAGCGUCCACUUAUUGGGGAAAAGUUUGCUCAACUCUGUGGGCCACGAGUGUUGAUGACAGAGGUCUAUGAUUUGAAUAUAAGUAGAUCCUUCCAUGAUGAAAAACAUUCUUACCCAGAUAUUGAAGAGGAGGAUAGAGAACAAGAACAAUGUGAAUAUGAAUUUGCCCAAUGUAUUGAAAUGCUUCAAAACUUAAAAUAUGAACGACCAGGGCAGCAUCAAACCGGGCAAGGACAAGGAUCUUGUGUGCAUCGUUCACGAGAACAGGUGGUGACUGUUAUUGAUGACUUGGGGUCACCCACCAUGGAAUUUUUUGGAAAUGACAAUUCUCAGCAUUCACAAAAUGAGACACAUAGAUGUUGGGAGGAUCCUAUUGAUUGUGCCCCUCCACUUCUGCAUCAUUCAUCAAGAUCAUGCCAGGAAAUGACUGCAUCACAUCAAACAUUGGCAGCCUCAUGUCAAGCAACAUUACCAUCAUGUCAAGCAUCAUUAGUGUCAUGUCCAGCAUCUUUACCAUCAUGUUCAGCAUCUGCACCAUCAUGUCAAGUAUCUGCACCUCGAUGUCAAUCAUUGGCAGUGUCACAUCAAGCAUCUGCACCACCAUGUCAAGCAUCAGCAACAUCAUGUCAAGCAUCAGUGGUGUCACAACAAGUAUUGGCAGCAUCAUAUCAGCAAUCAGCAAUGUCACCUCAUGCUUCUUUUGACCACCGAAGAGAGAACAUUCCAUGCUUUCUGCCCCCUGGACAAGAUCACUCUGGUUCCUUUUGGGCUGAAGAGGAUACUAAUCCUCAUCCAUGA